AGAGAAGAGACACGUUCAAGAGUUCAAGAGACUUUUACUACAUUUCAACUGAAAUACUGUAAAAAUACAAGAAUGAAACACAUUUUGAGAAGAAGUGUUCGACUGGUGCUAAAUGGUUACUAUGGAGCUGAUGGAAAACCAACGAUCUCUUAUCAUGAGACCAGCAUCAGGAAGUGGACAUACCGUCGGUAUAACCACGCAGCAACAAAAGAGACGUCUUCAGGAAACAUCAGCUGCAGCAGCAGCAGCAGCAGCAGCUGCAGCAAUGAGGACCUAUUGAAGUUCACGCUGAAACGUUGUUUUGUCAGCGUCAUAUUUCUUGUCUUGUUUUAUGGAUUUGCCUGCAUUAUUGCUCCUCUUUCCAUGGACCCUCUGGUUUCUUCACCCCCCACCAUAAACACAGUUUCGGUCCCAGGAUGUGAAGAUAAAGGAAGACAAAUACAGGAAGUGAAGGAUGUACUGAUAGUCCUGCAGAAUAAGAUGGACUACCUUCUUCCAUCGGCAGAUUUGUUGCCCAACUUUGCUCUGAAAUCACAAGGAGCAAAGGUUUUACAGUGGAGGCCAUUAGCCGCACAUCCUGGCCAACUACAAAGAUGCGGUUGGUUUGGGUUUGCACUAGAAGAGCCAUUUAUCCACCCAGACAUUGUCAUCCAGGGGAGGACUCACCUAAAUCCAGGAGAGUGCUGGGCUUUUGAAGGUUCCCAGGGACAUUUAGCCAUCGCCCUGUCCCACAGAGUCCUUAUCAGUCACGUCACCUUGGGUCACCUGCCUAAAAUGUUGUCCCCGACUGGUAACAUCUGGAGUGCUCCCAAGGAGUUUUCUGUCUAUGGAAUGAGGGAACCUGAACAGGAGUGGACUCAUCUGGGAACUUUUAUCUAUGAGCAGGAUGGAGAUUCGCUUCAGACCUUUGAGCUACCGCUCUACACCCACAACAGGCUCUUAGAGGGUGCAUGGAAGUUCGCUCAGCCAGUCUACAUCUGCUUUGCGGACUUGGAAAAGGCGUUCGACUGUGUUCCUCUGGGAACCCUGUGGGAGGGCGUGACCUACAGCCUUCGCUGGAGCAGUUCUCAGCCGAGUGUGAAGCAGCCAGGAUGA